UCACUGUCGCCUGCUCACCGCCGUCCAGUUAACCCUGCAGCUGCCCGUAGUUCUCGCACGCCAUCUUUACUGACCUCCCUUGACCCGUUAUCAAAGUCUAUCUCGCUGGUCCUCGCAUCAGCAAAGGAUCGCCACACAGGGCCUGCGCUGCGUCCGCGGAGAGCAAAGCCGUGGCACUAACACCUGCGUCGCGGCGGUGAAAGUCGGCGUGUGUGUGUGAGUGAGUGUGUGAGGGCCUGGGCUGGAGGAGGUGCAGGCUGGUGCGUGUGAGUCUACCCGCGAGAGGGAGUCGCAGAUGGUACCGUGACCGCAGCUGGGAUGUCACCUGUAUUCGCUCGUCCUGUGCCAAGUGUGUGCGUGCGCGCUAUUCCUCGACGUUCCUCCUCGAGCUGCUGAGAGGAUACCCUAGCUGUGCAAAGACUGAAUGCGAGGAAACGAACCCCAGAAAGAGGAAGUCCUCGAGAUAGAAACUGGAGUCAUCUGACUGGCGGCCCUGUUGCUACGGAGCGCAUUCAAGUUUGCCUGAAAGCCGUGAGACCAGGCUGGGAGGAAAAACAGACAAAAGCAAAGAGGAAAAUACCCGUGGAAAAUUACCAAAGUCUGACGGAAAGAGAGCUGUGUCUCUAUAAAUGCAGAAUAGAUUACCGUACAUUGACUGUGCUUGGGCAUCGGUCCCCAUUUUCUAACGGUGUCACUCAGGUGUGCGUGUGUGUGUGUAAGUGCGUGUAUGUGUGUGGACCUGCGUGUGUAUGUGUACAGUGACUCCUUAGUGUGAGUUACAACGCGCUACCGACUGCUCGGAGCGUUGAGCUUCAAGACGCGAUAUAUCCUUGGAGGUGUCAAGUUCUUAGCACUUAAAGGAUCGAAUAAAGCGACUUACAGUGUCCGUACACAAGGAGAAGCUACAGUGAGAUAUAUGGUGUGAUUCUUUGGGUCCUUCGUUCUGCAAGAAUAAACAGGCGACAGCCGAGGAGAACCCGAGUGCGCUGCCCGACUCUUUUUGAGAAUUACAACCCAAUGUUUAACAUAGAACCCGGUGUAACUUUCUACAGUGACUGCGUGGGACCUGGCGCCUAGUGCUGGGGCUGGUCCUCGCCUGCCCGAGGCUGCGCAGGUCUUCGUGCCUCGAACGCCUUUCGUAGGAUGCCGUUCGUGCCCUGAGGUCCGCACGGCGUCUUUGUCUACAGCCCAAUCCUAACCAGACUGGUGUGCCUCCUUUGGGGAAAGGAUCCCCCGAGAGAAAGGAUUCAGAGUCCUUGUGCCCCGAAGGCGCCGUCCCGCCCGAUCCCUCGACCUCGCUGGACGCCACGAGCGGCAGGCAGGCUGCUGUGGCUUCGGCUCUCGCGCUGGCAGGUUCCUCGAGCCGCAGGAAGGAUGUGAGUGAUGUUCACACGGCUUCACGCCCAUCCUACGCCCCCAUCACGCCCGCCAGCACCGCCCAUCACGCCACUCUGCGGCACGUGCACCACCACCCUUUAAAACAACUGGCUGGUAGCAUGAUGCUAUCUUGGUGUGGUUGGCGUGUGGUGGCGGUGGUGCUGUGGACAGUAGCAGCUUCGGCAGCAGGAGAGGGGCAGGCGGCUGCCGUCUCGAGAGGCGCCGCCAGCCCCGUCGUCCAGCAGCUCGAGCGCUCCCUGCUGUCCAUGUUCGGGCUCCAGCGGCGGCCGCGCGGCAAGAAGAACGUGGUCGUGCCGCCCUACAUGCUGGAGCUGUAUCGCCUGCAGGCCCAGUCGGAGCCCGCCGAGCCAGUCGUCCAGGACCAGAGCCUCGCUGAUGCCAGCGCCGUCAACACUAUCAGGAGUUUUACUCAUAGAGAGAGCGAGGCGGACGUCCAGUACCCGUCCCACAAGAUGCGGUUCCGCUUCAACGUGACGAACAUCCCAAGUGAGGAGAUCCUGCAGUCCGCGGAGCUGAGGCUGAGCCACUCGCGCCACCCGGAGGCUCCUGCCCUCGCCCCCGAGGACCUCGAACCAUCGAGCACUCCCUCCUCGCAGGGCGCGGCCAAGGCGAUGCCGCAGCGGAGGCGGUGGAACAAGGCCGACGUGCCGUACCUGCAGCGCCUCAUGGUGUACGACGUGAUCCGCCUUGCCACGGCCAGGACGGACCCAAUCCUCCGUCUGCUGGACACCAAGCUGGUGGAUUCACGCGAGGAGGGCAUCCAGACGCUGGACGUGACCGACGCCCUCACCAGGUGGGUAAAGACCCCGGCCGCCAACCACGGCCUCCUGGUGGAGAUCCUUCCGUUCAAGCAGCGCUCCGCCACGGACUCGUCGCACUUCCGCCUCCGCCGCUCGACGGACGACGGCGAGUGGCACGAGAAGCAGCCGCUGCUCGUCCUCCACACGAACGACGGCAAGGCCACCAGCAGGCAAAGACGGUCCACGCUCGGGAAGCACAAAAAGGGCAAGCAGAUCUGCAAGCGACACAACAUGUACGUGGACUUCCGCAAGGUCGGAUGGGACGACUGGAUCGUGGCGCCUUCCGGGUAUGAGGCCUAUUUCUGCAUGGGCGACUGCCCCUUCCCGCUCAACGACCACAUGAACGCCACCAACCACGCCGUCGUGCAGACGCUGGUUAAUUCCCGUUACCCGGACCGGGUGCCCAAAGCAUGCUGCGUGCCCACGGAGCUCUCCCCCAUCUCCAUGCUGUACAUGGACGACGACGAGAGGUUUGUAUUAAAAAAUCACCAGGACAUGGUGGUGGAGGCGUGCGGGUGUCGGUGAGCCAGUGAACCCUCUCUCACCAACCGUGUUUUAAGUCAGUGCGGCGGCGUGCUGUGAUGGCGUGCCGUCUGCAACCCACUUUGCGCCGUGCAGCUGCCGAGACCCCGGCAAUGUGAUAUAUAUACAAUAGAUUUAUAUAGAAAAAGAGGCACCGCAUUGUGUGAGUGAACGGCCGGGAGUACAAGGAGGUGCUGGCAAAAGCGUAGUGGUCCCAGUGGCUGUGUGUCUGCCAGCGUGGCAUCAGACGAACAAGGCAUUAGUAGCCAGGGAAAUACCCUUUAACCUGUGACCCCCAUGUUGUACUGCGUUCUAGGUGUGCUGGAGACGCGCUACCGCCCCUUGGUUGAGUAUUGGUGAAGUGGUUUUAAGUGUUCAGAUGGCAGUGAAAUGCUAUCGAUGUGUGGCGGAUAAAAGUGGCAUACAUUUUAAAAGUUUUUGGAAAGAAAAUCGAGUGUGUGGAUGAGAUCUGAAACAUAUCAUAGAUGAAGGAAAACCGCAGAUAAGGAAUGAAUCCAAUGAUGCCACGGAGACCAAAGAUAAACGAAGGCUUAGUUUCAAGGAUGGCGAGACAAAUAUUGUAGAUUAUAUUGUACAUAUGUGAGGGUAAUAUAAAUAUUAUUGGUUCGUUCGUUUCCCUUCUUCGGAGAUAUAUUUAGUCAAAUAAUUUUUUUAUACUCCACAGUGAAUUUAUAUUUUGUAAUACAUUAACACUGAAAAGACGUAUCUUUUAAAACAUAAAAAAAUAUAAGAUAUGGUGUUGCCCUGUUACCAAAGAGUGUCACAUGGACAGACAUCAUGACACAGUAGAAACAGACAUUCUAUUCACAGGAAAAUGUGUUACAUAGACGGCCAUAAAGCUGCAUUUUUUAUAAAGAGAGGAAAAUAAAGAUAUCUGGUCCCUUUAUAACGGAGGGGAAGAGAAGGGAGCUCUACAGUGGAUGGUGUUAAGAGGACCCAAAAAGUCCUUUCACUUUACUUAGUCCACAAAUGUAUUUAUUCUCUGUAUAAUACUCAACAUACAAAAUUUGUACAGAUUUAUAUAUAUUUAAAUUGUGAAUAUAGAAUAUAAGAUAUUUUGUAUAUACUCAAAAAGACAGUAAGUGAUUAUUACUGAAAUAAACUCUAUAUAAACAACA